GGAUCGGAAUUUGGGAUGUCGAUUAAGGACUCAUUGACACGGCUUUUCCUUUUCGGUCUUAUGAAAUUGGCGUCCUUAUUUUUUGUAGAUCAACGACAAAAAAAAAUUUCUUCAAUCAUGUACCUGAUUGUUCAUGUACUCUGAGAUUCUUUUAUUUGUUCAGAAGAAUACUUGUGGAUGGAAUUAGCUUUUACUUCAUUUUGAAGCAAGAGCAACAAAUCAAACGUUAAUGACGGAAAAAAAAAAUCAAUUUUCAUCCUGAACUUUCAAUUUCAUCCGAUUUCACUUCAAACUUCAAACCUCAAACUUGGACAGCGUUGCAAUCUUAAUCUACACUAAUUCUGGAUAUUCUUCGGAUUUUUUUGGGUUAAAUUUGUGAGUGAAUCAAUGAAAAUUGAGUAGAGGGUAAAACAUGCAACAUGCUUAUGAGUUUAGGCUUCAGUUUUUGAUGAUCAUGUUGAAAUCACAGGGUGAAAAUCAACAAAUGACAAGUUUAGGGGUCCUUAAAAUUUGAUGAUCAAAUGGAUUCCGUUAUAGAGUUCUUGCUUCUUUUAUGAAAUGAUUUGAACAGUCUUCCAUAAAAAUAAAUCUUAAAUGCUAAAAACAGUUAUAAGUUCAAAUGUUUAUCAUGAUUCAUCAUUGAUUUCCAUUAUUUGAUAUAAGGGUAAUUAUCUUGUUGAAUUCAUCACUGACUGGUGGACCAUUUCUAAAAAGCUUUCUUAUUCUAUGAAUUACUUCAUGUUGAUUCUUUCGUUUGAGUUAGCACCAUAGUUCAAUAUCUUCCAAUAACUCCAAAUCUUUGCAGUAUUAUGGCCAAUGUACAUUUACAGGCAGAAGCACCCUCUGAACCUUGUCUUCCUCGGACUUUUUACGGCUACACUUAGCCUCACGGUUGGCGUUAGCUGCGCUAACACUGAUGGAAGGAUUGUGCUUGAAGCACUAAUUUUGACCUCAGCUGUUGUUUCUUCCUUAACUGGGUACACAUUCUGGGCCUCAAAGAAGGGCAAAGAUUUCAGCUAUCUUGGACCAUUUUUGUUUACUGCCCUAAUGAUCCUCCUCCUCACUAGCUUCAUUCAGGUCAUUUACUGCCCCUUCACUACUACUUCAUAGUCAACUCAACACUGGUUCUAGUGACUCUACUUCUAUAUUUUUUACUAGCACCUUGUCAAUGCCAGGAGGGGUAGAAAUUUUACAAUUUAGCUUAGCUUAAUCUAGCGGGAAAAGUUGAGAGAACUUUAAAAUCUUAUGUUCCGUUCGAUAACCAUAUGUUUAGUUUUUGGACUUCGAAAAUUAAACUUAUAAACACGAGCACUACUCGUGUUUGUUUGUUU